CUUUGCUUGAGAUGGUCCUUUUGCCCCUCGAGGAAUAUGCGCCAAUUUCCCCCAUUAAAUGCCUUUGUAAGUGAGUGCUAUGCAAUGCUCGACGGCAUUCAUCCACUUUGUGAUUGACUGAGUGUUUUUUUUAUCGUCCAUGGAGGAUAUGUGAUGCAAAAUAUGAGCUCCGUAAGAACUGUCUCUCGGAGAUGUUCAGAAGCUGAUUUUCCAUCUAGAAUAACAAAUGACUGGAGGCAAAAUGAGUUUGCAUCAGGAAGACCAUUCAGGCUCAGCGGCAUCCCGCGCCAACCAGGGAGUAGAUGACAGUGACAUCUACGAUGACCUGGACUUGAAAGCAGCAGCACAGCAGUCACAGGAUGCAUGGUCUGUUGGCAGUGAUAUUAAUGAUGCAGACAUCUACCAGGAGAUGGGGGUGCAGCCCAUUGAUUACACAACAGAGGAGGGAAGUAUUGAUAACACUGCAGCUUAUAAAAAUGCUAAACAGAGCAAACCAGCAAACAACCAGGAAGUCCUUAGUAUUGACUUUGAGAAUCUUCGGAAAAUAUUACGAACAGAUCUGAGUGGAAAAUCCAGUGGAUGUGACUCAAAGGAAAAUCAGCAGGUGAAGGAGAUUCAUGAUUGUGAAACCAAUAGUGUCGAGAAAGAAACUGAGAGAGAAAUCAGGGCAAAGCAAGAAGGUGCAAAGAUUGUUAAGGCUGAGAAAAUUGCAGAGAAGUUCCAGGAAGGAAGUGAUGAAAAAGGAAGUGGUAGAUUAAAUCCAAAUAAGGUUCUCACAGAAAAUAAACAACAUGGUGCUAGAGCAAAAACACAGUCCAGUGUCAGUGGUUCUGAAAAGACCAAAUCAACUCCUGCAGAAGAUAAUUCAAUGCAAAACAGAGAUCUGCAUUUUGUGCUGUCCAUGUUGUGUAAAAAGAAUUCCACAAUGGAAGACUUAAUGCAAAACAAUGUAACAGAUGCAGGUAAGACAGGACCAAUUACUGGUGCAAGUGUAAGUAAUUCCUCAGAGAGCAUUGAAAACUCUGACAGUCCAAUGGAUUCUCCCAGGAAAUCAAAAAGAAUCAAAGACACUGAGAAGGAGGCUACUAGCACCAGGACACACACCCAAAGCUCAGAAAUAGGCUUAGAUACGAGACCCAAAAGAUUGCCUGCUUCAAGUUUUAUGUCCAUUGAAGCAAGCCCCAGGAAGAGUCAGUCAGAAAAGCAGAGCAAAGAAGCAAGUAAGGCAGACUGUCAGUGGGACCUCUUUGAAGAUGUCAUGGUUGCUAGAAGUGAUGAAAAGGAAAGCCAAGAAGUAACCCAACUAAAGGAGGAGAUGGAGGUCCUUCGCACGCAGCUUAAGGAGUCAGAAAAGCGCUGUGAGGGUCUUGAACAUGAUAACCAGGUCCUACUCACCAAUAUAUCAUCUCUGUGGAAGACAGCAAUAAGCCAGAUAAAACAGAAGAUCCAGCAAAUCAAUGCGCUGAGAGCCGAGCGUGAGGCCAUUCUGUUCCGUCGAGCCAUGCGCCAGGUUCCCAAAGAAGAGUUUGAUGCUAUUUUGUCACAGAUAUCAAAAUAUUCCAGUGAUGAAUUCAAAUCUUUUCUUGAGAACAUGAAGAAGACUACAGAUGAAGGAACCAGCUGUAAAUGUGGUGGUAAAGGAUAUACAGGAUUUGGGGGUCUUGUUGAAAAGAUAACAGCAAGUGUAGUUGGUGUUCGUGUUAAUUCUUCGCAGGAUACUGAUGCUGCAUCUUUAAAAAACCUUAUGGGUGAAGAAGGAAAAAAUGUGACAUCUCUGGUUAAACCACAACAAAAGGCUACAAGUAAGAAGAGCAAAAUAUCUACUCCGAAGCAGAAUAACAGAUUUGAUUGUAGAAAUGAAGAUAAAGCAGGUAAACAUAUAGAAAGAGAGAAAUGUGAUUUUGGAGAUGUACCUACAGGUAGGAACAGACAUUAUAGUGGAGACAGAGCUUUGGAGGAAGACAGUAGCAGAAUAGAAGGUUAUGGGAAACAUGACUCUGUAGAGUUACAGGAAAGGCAUGAUAGUGGCAAUAUAAGGCACAGGAACGAUAGUGGGGAUAAAUGUCACAAGAAUGAGGAUUUUGAUUUGGAGUUUAGACAUAGCAGUUAUGAUAGACCAGCAAAGAGGAGGAGACAUGAGAGUGGUGAAAGGUACAGUGAUGGAGACCGACAUACUGGUAGAUUUGGCCACAGCAUGGGAGAAAGGAACUCUAGGCUUGAUAGGUAUAAUGAUAGGCAUCACUCAGAUUUAGAGGAGGAAUAUAAGAAGAGGAACCCAGGGAAGUCUACCUUUGAAAGAAGGAAAGGCAGUGAAAAUAGAAAAGAGAGAAAUGCAAAUGAAGAGCCACUAGGGACUGAGAGAAGAAUCAGUGUCUUCUCAAGGUUAGGUGCUCAUGGCAAGAGUCAUUUUGAUAGGUCAGACCAAAAGAAAGAUUAUGAAGAUGUGGACAGAAGACAGGAAGAUAACAAAAAAAAAACUUCAAAAUUUACUGAUCAGCAAAAUGACGAAAGUUUGAUUCACAGUAGGAGAACAAGGAAAACGGAUACAGAUAACAGGAAUACAGCAAAUACGCAAGUCAUAAAAAAAUCUACAUCAAGUGUCAGUUUACAAGACAGUCAAAUGACUACAAAGAAGGACCCUUAUUUGAGUUCAGAUCUGUCACAAGUUAUAACUACAAAUAAUAUAUAUAAACACGAAAGUGAAUGCAAUACACACGUGCAAAGUAACAGUACUUCAGAUAUUGGCAGUGCUAUUGACGAGCCGGAGAAUUCCACUGGUCCUUCCAUUCACAAAAUAUCUGAUGGAAUUAUUCAUAAUGCCUGUAAAUCAAAUUCAGAUUGUGAAGAGAAAAUGUUAGGGGAAACCCUUUUCGGACAGAGAGUUAUUUCAAGACUAUCCCAAACCAAGCAAGAUGUACAGAACAACUCCUCUAAACUUCCGCAUAGUGCAAAGAAUCACAUAAACAAUGACUCUGCAAAUGAUAGUGGUAUAGUAAAUGGCAAUAGCACUUCAGAUAGAGCCAGUUCUGUAGGAAACCCUCAAGAGCCAUCUGCUCCCUUCACCCACAAAGCCAUGGAAGCUACUGGUGAUAACUUUGACUCAAAUUCAUACGAAGAAGAGGAAAUGUUAGGAAAAUCCCUUUUUGGGCAGAGAAUGAAUGCAAAAAUGGCUCGAGCCAAGAAAAAGAUGAAUGCUGAAAUAGGUCAGACCAAACGGGAGACACUAGAAAAACUGGCAAGGCCUCCACUUGGUGUGAGUAAUCAAAUGAAUAGUGAUUCAACAAGUGUGGUUGGUAUAGUAAGUACAAACAAUACUUCUAACAAUUCCAGUGCUGUGGAUAAGCAGCAGAAUCUUUCCGACCCUUUAACAAGGAACAGAGGUUAUGGAGAUUCUGGUAAUAGUUCUGAGUCAGAUGCAGAACAUGAAGAGAGAAUGUUGGGAAAAUCUCUCUUUGGACAGAGAAUGAUGGCAAGAAUUAACCGAACCAAUCAGAAGAAACAAGAAACAAUGUCUCUACAAAGUAUAAGAAAUCACACGAACAGUGACAAAGGGAACACAGAUACAUUAACUAACAAGAUAGAAGAGAUUAGCGAGAGAGUGGAGGAAAGGGCAUCACAAGACCAGGGAAGAGCAAGUGGCCACAGAGAUGAUGCUCCUGUUUUAGAAAUUAAUGAUCUACAUAAUGUGAUGAGAGAGAAUGAAAAUAAUCAUCCUGUGUGUCAUGAUCAUGAUAAAGGCAAGGCAGAGGAUGAGAAACACAUUUCAGACCAGUCACUUGAAGAAAAAUGUGGUGAUAAGACUGGUACAAAAUUAUGUACCAUGAAGGAUGUGGCAGAGUCUAAGACAGGUGUUAGCUGCAAAUCAAAUGAGGGUGUAGGUUUGGGUGAACAAAAUGUAUUGCAAAUUGUUUGUGAAGCAGAAAAAGAAAAUGUUAGCAAACAUUUACAUGAUACUGAAGUAAAAAGAAAAGAAAAUGGUACAAAAAUGUGUGAGGAAAGUGAUAAUGUCAGUGAAGGAAGGCCAAACACCAAACCAUCAGGUACAGAUGAAAGUGUUGUAUCAAAAUCAGAGACUAAAACUGCUGGAACAAUUCUUGAAAAUUUUGAUUCAGAAGAAGUAAAUUAUGAGAGAAAGAUUGGGGAAAGAGAAGAAGGAACAGUGACAGAUGAAAAAUGUAUCAGUGAAAGAAAGACAAGGGAAAAAGAAGAAAAAACAGUGACAGAUGAAAUGUGUAGUGAAAAAAAUAGAGGGGAGAGAGAAGAAAUAACAGUAGAUGACAAAUGUAAUAGUGAGAGAAAUAGUGAGGGAAGAAAAGAAAGAAGAGUGACAGAUGAAAAAUGUAUCAGUGAAAGAAAGACUAGGGAAAAAGAAGAAAGAACAGUGACAUAUGAAGAAUGUAAUGAAAAAAAUAUUGGGGAAAGAGAAGAAGGAACAGUAGCAGAUGAAAAAUAUAGUAAAAGAAAUAGUGGGGAAAGAGAGAGGAUGGCAACAGAUGAAAAAUAUAAUAGUGAAAGAAAGACCAGGGAAAAGAAGAAAGAACAGUGACAGAUGAAAAUCAUUGCAGUGAAAGAAAGACCAGCGAAGGAGAGAAAAGAAAGGGCAUUAGAUACAAUGAAAGGGCAUAGUAAUGCAUCUAAUAAAGAGAGAAAUGAGAAACCAAGGAAGAAUUCAGUUCAAACAUCACUAACUGAGGCACAAGUAAAUUGUAAAUCAACCGGGAGAAUCAUUGAGGAUUCUGAUGACCAAGAAGCAAGUAGUAAAUCAAAUGGUAGACCGAGAAGGAAAAUUGGUACUAACAGUCAAAGAAACAAAGAAGUGGAUGAUACCAAAGAAAAAGGGGAAACAAAAGAUGAAUCAAGCAAAGCCAGACCAAAGAAACAAUCAUGUAGUGAGAAAUCAGCAAGAAAGCAAGUAUCUGGUAGUGAAGGAAAUGAAAACUCAUUAGAUUGUCAGGAGAAUAAAGACAUAACUCUCAAAACAGACAUUGUAGAAAGUGCCACUAAUAAGUCUGAACAAGAGUUAGGCAUCAGAGAGACACAGGAAGUGAUUGGGGGAAGUGAGAAUGCCAAACUGGAAUCAGAUGCUGAAUGUUUACAUGAAUCUGUAAGUAAUGUAGUACAAUGCCAAACCCCGACUAAAAGUUCAGCAGAUGAGGUGCAAUGCCAAAUGAUGACUGAAAAUACUUCCAUUGAAAAUAAUGAGGUUGAUGCUAAACCACCAUCAAGCAGCACUCAAGCUGAAGUCAAAGCCUCAGAUUUCAAGCAUGGGACAUCCAUAAAGGAAAUAACAAAUGUCCCUGAGGCUUUGGUUGACAGGCUUGAAUCUAACCCAGAGAAAUCCAAACUGAUGAGUGGCGAGGAUGGUGAGGGAGUCAUUAGUGAUGAAGAUCAGAUGAGGCUGUGGAAAGAGGGCAAAAGUAACUCUGAUAAAAGGAUUAGAGAAGUUCCAGUUGAAAAAGAUUUGAUGUGCAGUAAAUCAGGUAGUGAUUCCAAAGGCGAUACUCAUCCAGUUGAUAAAGAAAAGCAGAAUAAUGAAGAGGUAAAGCUUAAAAAAGAAAAUAAUUUGGGGAAAGAGUGUUGUGUACAGGAUAAAUCAAACACACCUACGGAUACUGAAGAAGAAGGAAAAGAGAACAAGGAAGAAACAGAAUUACACAAUGAAAACACAGAAAGAACAGAAAAUACAAAAACUGAAGAAAGUCUCUUCCCUGAAGAGGAGGAACUCCUCUAUGAUGAAGACAGCGAAGAUGAGGAUGAUGAGGAUGACAAGGGAUAUGAUUCUGAGGAAAUAUCACAAACAAAUUCCCCACAUUCAAGCAAAAAUGAUUGUCUUCAACCACAAACAAGUAAAAUGGGGUCCAGAUUUGAUGCAAAAGAUUCUCAGGAAGAUGCCAUUCAGAGUAUAAAAAAAGAUGACAAAUCUGCACUUGAAAAAGUAACAGUAAAAAACACUGUGCAAAAUGAUCAUAGUCCUAAAAGAAUGCCUGUUAAUACUGAAAAUGGAAGAGAGAAUAUUGAAGGAACAGGUUUACACAGUGAACGUAAUGCAGAACCUAUAAAGAAACCCGAAGAGAGUCUUUUCCCUGGAGAGGAGGAACUCCUUUAUGAUGGAGACAGCGAAGGUGGUGAUGAUGAUGAGAAGGAAAAUGAUGCUGAAGAAACCUCUAAACCAGAAACAAGUAAAAUGGGGUCCAUAUUUGAUGCAGAUAAUUCUCAGGUAGAUACCAUAAAAGAAAAUGGUGAUAAAUCUGUAACAGAAAGUGUGCAGAGUAGGGAACAUAGUCCUAAGAGAAUAACAAGAAAUCAUUCGUCUGAAAGAGACUUUGAGAAUGUACAGAGGGCAAGAGGAAGAAAAUGCAGUGUUUCACCUAGAAAAAAUGACAAGAGUGACAGCAGCAUAGACCUCUCGGCGAGUCGAUCACCACCAGGUAAAUCAAACAGAAGGAUAAUGAAGUUGACACCGAAAAAGAAGUGUGAGAUGAAGCAAAAUGAUAGUGUGAGUCCCCUGAUGGUCAAGGAAAAGGAAAUUCAAGCAAAGUAUGAGGAGAAGAUGGCGGUGGCAUUUGGCAGAACCACAAGACGGGGCCAAAGGGCAAUGGCGGAACUAGACGAUACAGGCAGAAUAAGUCCACCAGUACAUUCAUCAAAAAGGGUGAGUGGGAGAAACACUUCAAGACGUAGAGAUAGUGAGAGCCCACCAAGGGAAAGAGGGAGGAAGCCUCUGAGGAGUAAAGAAGGGGAACACACAAGGACAGAUCAUGAGAAGAUUCAUUCAGAAAGGAGCACCACUUCAAGAAGUAGUGAUUCCAGACUGAGAGUGAAAAGGAUGCAAGGAGACGAAGUGGAGGAAACAAAAAGAAAUAAAAGUUUACCAAAUGGAGCACAACAAAGGAGACCGACAAAUUUGGAUGAUGGUGUACGUGGGGAGGUACGGCGGAAGAGACAGCAGUCUGAGUCGCCACCAACGUACAGAAGACGACAGCGCGUGCACGAAAGACGAAUGAGAGAUGAUGGAGAUUCUCCAGAUAGGGGAAUUCAUGUUGGAAAAAUAAAAAACAGAAACGAGAUCAAGGAAGAUAGUAGAAAUCAUAGUGAUCCACUACCCAAAGUUCAGAGAGAGAGGAAUUGUGUACAGGACCAACAGACCCGAAGCAAAGUACCAGUAGAUAGUAAACUGUUACAUAAAAUUUUAUGGGAGUCCCCAAAGAAGAGCAUUGUCCAGGAUGAUGAAAAAGAAGAAGGAGAGUUAGAUGAAGAUGAAGAAGAAGGAGAAUUAAUCAGUGUAGCAACAAAUGGUGGGGAGACCUCACACAAAGAUACAAAGGAGUCUCACUUUCCCAAAUUGGAGGUAGAAGGAAGACGACGGAAUGAACCAAGAUGGGAUUUGAAGAAUGCAAGGCCCACAAGGAAAAGUGAAAUAUUAAAAUAUGAAAAAGCUUUACAAGAAGCCAAAGAGAAACAUCGAAGAACUGAAGAAGAUAGGAAGAACAGAGUCCCAUGUAAGGAACCGGCACUGUCUAAAUGUCACAGGCCUGAUAGUACUAAAGAUAGAUUCGCUUGGGAGAAGCAAGAUGUGUUCACAGGAAGGGAAAGGAAGAUUAAUCAGGUCAGUGAAGUAAAUGCAGAGAAGAGAAGGCAGAGCAUGAGAGCAAGGCACUUAAGAACUUUAAUGGAGGAUGACACAACUUUUUACCCAUCUGAUCUUUUCCAAGUUACACCUAUUUUAGCUGUACCGGAAAAGGUAGGCCCUGCUUCAGGAAGUGAUGAUACCAUUGACAUACUGGUAAAGCAGAACCAUGAGAAAUACGGCCAGGACAGCCUCAGCACCAGUGGAGAUUCUGAGAUGUCAUUGUUGUACUUCAUUAACGAUCAUGAAGUGAAGAGAUGUGCCACUUCAGACCGUAAAUCUUCCUCUUUGAAGGCAACAGGGGCUACAAAUGAUGGCUUAAAAAAUCAAGCAGAUGUUAAAAUGAAAACAAAAGAGCAGGUUGUUGAAACCAGGGGUCUUGCAGAUGAAAAGGCCAGUGAACAAAGUUUGGUGAAAGACAAUAAUGGUACUGUUGCAGACACACCACUGAUUGAUGGUAUGGGUCAGGGGCAUGAUAGUCAAAAUUUGUUAGGUAAUGAAAGCCUGUUAAACCAGUGUGUAGAUAAAAUGGCAACUGGGACUGGAAAGGAAGGUGAUUGCCACAUAGAAAACAGUUUAGAAACAGGAAAUGUUGAUCAAGUAUCAGAGAACACUGCAGAGAUUGAAACUGCUUAUGAAGACAGAGCCACUGGCACCAAGAUGCAUACUACUGAAUGUAGUGAUGUACCUGUGUUGAAUAAGGCCAGUGCCACUGCUCAGUCUACUGAUGCCCACGAAGACCAUUCAAGCAGUUCAAGUGACUCAGACUCAGAUUCAGACUCAGAUAGUAGUGAUUGUCAAUGCAGCAAAUGUGGUAACAGUAGUAGCAGUAGCAGCAGCAGUAGUAGUAGUUCAAGUUCUUCAGACUCUGAUAGUGACUCAGAUGCAGUCAUUGAAGAAACAGCACAAGAAGCAACAAAUUCAAGUGUGGCUGGAGGUGAACCAGACCAAAGUAAAAUAGUGAACCACACGAACAAGAAAUCUCCAAGAAAGACACCUCGGAAAUCACCUUCAAAGCGAGAAAAAUCACCAAAGAAACCAUCCCCCAAUAAGUCGCCCCACAGAACAAGUAAAACCCCACACAAGAUGCUAAAAACACCACACAAAUCUCCUGGAAAGGUUGUUCAGAAAACUCCAGGAAAAACGCCUUGUAAGAAACUUGGAAAGACACCCAGAAAGUCACCUAGUAGCAAAUUAAAAGAGCCAACUGUUCAGAUUUCCCCUGAUCUCCACAGCACGUUGGAGAAGAAUGGCAUUACUUCAACCGAGGAUAAAAGCCAGAAUAAGCCAGAACAGGCACCAGGUACAAAACAUAAUACUACCAAAGGCCACAUGAUUUCACCACCACAGAUACAGAUGCUGAUUUGUUCCCACGACGAUCUGAAGGCUCAGGCCAAGAAGCGAGAGGAAUCGGGUUGUGAAUCCCAAUCUCAGAAUGCAAAUAGCAAUGGAGCCCCAGCUGCAGCUUCAAGUAGUUCAUCAUCGACCACUAUUCAGAAGGUCUUCGUUCGACGUCGGGCGAAGAGACCUGCCAAUUUCUCACCUACCAAAUCUGCUGCAAUGAGUCUAUCAUGCGUGAGCGGGAAGAGUGCCAUCUCACUUGUACACAGGGACCAACAACCGUCACAGGAAACCUCAAAUUCUGAUCCCAAGAGCAUCCAGGAUGAGAACAUUGUCAAAGAAAGUGAUCUUGCAACAUCGGAAUGUAACGAAGAGGAAGUAAUCUUGCGGAAGAGAACCAGAACUUCCGUUAGUGAGAAGACUAUGGCCAGCAAGCGUUCUAGAAUGUUCUCUCCAGAAUCAAGGGAGGAGAUAGCUGUCAGAGACAACGCUGAAAGAAAAGCAGGCGAGAAUGGUGCUAUAAACUCUGAGAAAAGUCCUGCUGAAGCCAACAAUACUGAUGCAUUUACGAAAGCCAUCGAAAUUCCAAAAGGACCCAACAUCGUGCUAGAGGAAACGACCGGUGGAUCAGUGAAAAUAUCCACUGAUGCAUCCAGUGCGACCGCAGCAAAUGGAAAGUCAACUCAUGAAACAUCUACAACAGAUAGCAAGAUCAUAGUCCCCGUCAAGAUCCGACGAGUGAAGAGACAGCUCAACCUCGGGCUGUCUAGCUCCGUUUCGAGCGUUGUGUCUUCUGUACCUGAAAGAAAGUCGCCCUUGAGGUCCGCCUCGACGUCUGCCUCUACUCCUCCGCCAGCCAAGGACAGGAGCAAGUCCAUUGAAAACUCCCUGUCAGGCCUUAGGAGAAGUCCAAGGAAGAAACUGGUGCCUACUUAGUAUGUGAAGAUUCAUGUAAAUAUUGUACAUAUUUUAUUGCAUUCUUUUCCCUACUGAAUUUAUGCCAAUAUUUAUAGUUUUUUUCUAGUGGAGAGAAGUUCUGUAAUGGGAUGAUUUUAUAUAUUCAGAUUACUUUUUGAGUUUUAGUUAAUUUUUUUUUUUUUUUUCAGUUUUACUGUUUGAAUUACGUACAUUUCCAAAGAAUAAACGUAUUUGAAAUAUAUAGGUAAAUGUCAUGUUAAGGAUGGCAGUUAUUGUGUAUAUAUUGUAUGUAUUUAUUGAAAUUUAUUUUUCUGUCAUUUAAACGAAAUAAAGGUACAUGUGCGAGAAAAAAUAUUUUUGAAUAAUCUCUUUCAAGGAAAAUAAAAGUAAAAUACCAUUACUUGUUUUUAUUACAGGCAAUAACCUAAUUUACCUUUUUUGCUGUAGGAGAUUCCCCUUCUCUUAUGCUCUCUCUCUCUCUCUCUUUCUCUCUCUCUCUCUCUCUCUCUCUCUCUUUCUCUCUCUCUCUCUCUCUCUCUCUCUCUC